UGGUCGGCCCCCCUGUCAGCGACCCUCUCUCUCCAGCGAAAUUGAAAUGCCGAGGUUGCAGCAUUAGCGCGCUAACUUUUUUCCCCCCACUUUUACAACCCUUGACCGGGCAAUCCCCCCGUACUUUCUGCACGUCUUUUUUCCCACCUUUAAGUCAACGACACACGUCUUUUGGAAACAUGCCUAACAUCGUGCUUUUCAGCGGGAGCUCUCACCACGAUCUGUCGCAAAAAGUGGCAGACCGACUUGGACUGGAGCUGGGUAAAGUGAUCACCAAGAAAUUCAGCAACCAAGAGACAUGUGUGGAGAUCGGCGAGAGUGUGCGCGGCGAGGACGUGUACAUCAUUCAGAGUGGCUGUGGGGAAAUAAACGACAACCUGAUGGAGCUCCUAAUUAUGAUCAACGCCUGCAAGAUUGCUUCGUCCUCCCGUGUCACCGCCGUCAUCCCCUGCUUCCCCUACGCCCGACAGGAUAAAAAGGAUAAGAGUCGCGCACCUAUCUCAGCCAAGCUAGUAGCCAACAUGCUGUCUGUGGCUGGCGCCGACCACAUCAUAACCAUGGAUCUCCAUGCCUCUCAGAUCCAGGGAUUCUUUGACAUUGCUGUGGACAACCUGUACGCAGAGCCUGCUGUCCUUCAGUGGAUUAAAGAAAACAUUCUCGAGUGGAAGAACUGUAUUAUUGUGUCCCCGGAUGCAGGCGGCGCAAAACGCGUGACAUCCAUCGCAGACCGUCUGAAUGUGGAGUUCGCUCUCAUCCACAAAGAGAGAAAAAAGGCGAAUGAGGUGGACCGCAUGGUGCUGGUGGGUGACGUCAAGGACCGAGUGGCUAUCCUGGUAGACGACAUGGCCGACACGUGCGGCACCAUCUGCCACGCUGCCGACAAGUUGAUCGACGCCGGGGCAAUUAAAGUCUACGCCAUUCUCACACACGGCAUUUUCUCCGGUCCAGCCAUCUCUCGCAUCAACAACGCCCCGUUUGAAGCCGUGGUGGUGACCAACACCAUCCCGCAGGAGGAGAAGAUGAAAUCGUGCCCAAAAAUACAGGUGAUUGAUAUUUCGAUGAUCCUGGCGGAGGCAAUCAGGAGAACCCACAAUGGCGAAUCAGUGUCCUACCUCUUCAGCCACGUGCCCUUGUAGAAAGAGAGGAGGAGAGGGGCCGAUUCCUUUUCUCUCUCCUCUUGGUCCAAUCUCAGCUCGCACCUUUGGCCACAUAUCCUUUGGAAGGUCUCUCAAUGGCCUGACGGGUUCUGGCCAAUCCCACGUGACAGUCGUCUGUCAAGGUCACGCCCACUCAUCCGUUGACAUUUCCGCCUUGGAGACAGAGCCACUCAUCACUUCUUUCCUUGAAGACCAGCAACUUUGUAUUUAUGAGAUUCAAUAUUUUGUAUGCCCCUUUCUUUUUUUUUCCGCCCAGUUUCAAUCUCGCCACCCUAGAGAUCAAGGUCUUGGCCAUCACUUGAACCAAAGGGUCCAUCAGCUAACAUUGUGUAUUUGUAUCUCAUGCUGAAUUCAUUAUAAUUGGAACAUUCCAUGUUGUGAUGUGGUGAUGGAUGUUUUCAGAACAUUGUGCUUUGCAAAGAUUGGGGAAAAAACGGUGCUGGUAUAAAACACACCCUUUUAAUUACAAGUGUCUCUUUAAUUCAAGCCAGGAGUGUUAAAACUCGGGCAUAAAAGAUUAAUAAUUUGUCAACUUCCCCAAGAUAAAAACACAUAUGCGCCCAGAACAAGCCUGCAAAGAGUUAAGUAAUAAUAAUAAUAACAAUGGGUUAAAUUUAUAUAGUGCUUUAUUUUGAUACCUAAAGCGCUUCACAUAGAAAGGGGGGGAAACUCACCUCAACCACCACCAGUGUGUAAUGUAAGUGCAAGCUCAUAUGAUGACAGAUGCCCCAAAAAAAAAAAAAGAAAGAAAAGAAGAUUGAGUGAAAAUAAGAUGCCUAAUUGGUGUGCAGGCUCGGCCUUUUCGGCAUUCUGCCCUAGAUUUCGGCAUAAAGUUUUGGUCAGUGUUCACAUUAUUAACAAGAGACCAGUGGAACGAGUGUUUUCUUUUCCUGUGUGUGCUGAUGCAGUCUUAACCUCUGCAGUUAUUAACCCGUACAGAUUUUCCCAUCUGCAGUGUCAUUAGCGGCCAUCAUCCCAAACAUGAAUCUGCCUCUGGCGCCCAGUGGCAGCAGACCAGUAUUACAGAAGCCUCCCUGAGUGCAGGUUCUCGUUGUGCCAGAACUGAAGUUAAACCAGGGCCGACCUUCACAUCUCUUGUUCAGGUUGGGUUGGGGGGAAAGGGAUAAACGGGAGGUUUAAAUGGGUGAAUAAUUCAUGAUUUUGAUGAGUUUAAAGGGCCAAGAAGUAGAUUUUAUUGUUUUAUUUUAGUCAAGAAAUAUAGGUCACAAAAGGUUUUGAUUUUCAGUAAUGUCGACCCGCAAGGAGCUUUUGUCUGAAGGAGGCAAGAUUCACUCAUCAUCUGUAGGUGGUGGGAAAACUUUUUUAUACACAUACUUCAAAUUGUCAGUUGACAAUAAAGCUUUGGCUUGGAUAAAA